GUCCUCUCAGCCAUAAAACUAGGGAAGCCAUUUGGCCAUUUUGCCCACUUUCAUAUCAUAGCUUGCUGUUUCUAUUUAGAGCUCCCGGCCAGUUUUGUUUUGUUUUUUAUUUUGCUAUAGUUUUGACACAUUUGUGUUAACUAGGGGGGUUUUUCUCAAUGUGCUAUCUGGGCCAGUUUUAGUGCUUAGUGGGUUAAAAGCAGGAGGCUUUUGUAAUCAUGAUUUAAAGGGUGUGAUUUAGAGAGAAAGAGAAGGCCUUUAGGUGAUGGGUUUUAGCUUGUUGGUAAAGUAGUGAGCAUGCAAAAUAAAGAGAACUGGUGAAACAAAUAUCUGGGUUCUUUAGCUAUUUCUUUUUUCUCAGAGAAGAUUGGAGCUGCUCUGUUUAGUUGCCUACUUGCCUUGAAGUUGUUUGACAAUAUGCUUGGGUGAAAAAAGCUGGAGUCUUUAAAGGUGAUAUUAGUGGUUUUCUGAUGAGAUUUGGAGACAAAGAUGAAAUCUUUGAGUAGUGUAGGACUUGGUUUGAGUGUGGUUUUUGGUUGCUUAUUCUUGGCUCUAAUUGCUGAGCUUUACUACUUGCUGUGGUGGAAGAAGAGGCUGACCAACAGAGAGAUAGAAGAUGACUACAGCAGCCCAUCAAAGGAGGUGUUCUACAUGUUCUGCUGGAGAAGGACUUCUAAGUCUUUGAGCCACAUGGCUCAAAGCCCCCAACAGCUUUGUUCUUCAUUCAGAAUCACAGACACACUUGUCCAUGAACCAAAUGCUCAGCUUCAGCUUCAUAUGCACACAGCAAGCAACAAUGAUUUGCUGCUCAAACCCUUUGAAGAAGAUGAACUGGAUGCAGAGCUUAUGAGGCUGCAAACCGCUUCUGGGCCACCAAGACACCUCUUCACAAUUGUAGAGGAAACAAAGGAGGACUUGGAAUCUGAAGAUGCGAAGUCUAGGUGUGGCGACAAGAGCCAAAAGGGGUCACGAAGUAAGAGUUUGAGUGAUUUGCUUAUCACAGUGGAGACACCAUAUUUGACUCCUUUGGGCUCUCCAACUCUUUUCACACCUCCUCUCACUCCUGUUGACUCUCAUAACCAACAUGGAUUCAAUUUCAGUUCCCCUCUCUUUGAAUCAAAGAGUGAUGCAGAGUUCAACAGGAUAAGGUCAUCACCUCCUCCAAAGUUCAAGUUCUUGCAGGAAGCAGAGGAGAAACUUAGAGUGAAAUUAAAGGAACAAGCUGAGGAGGGUCUUCAGAAGAAAGAUGGACCUGUUGAAGAGAAAGAGAGUAAAGCUAGUAAAGCUUCAAUGUCAAAGUUCCUUAAAGAUGAGGAUCAAGAUGGGUCUUAUAUCACCAUAAUUGUUGACAAGAACAAAGAAAGGGAGCUCAAUCACCAUCUUCAUCAUCUACAACAACACCAUUCAAGCACUUCACAGGUACUCCCACUAGUUUCUUCACCUUCAGCAUUCAGAUCAUCAAUCAACAAGAAGCCCACUUUACAUUAGAGCUCCAUGAAGUAUUGUGAUCCCUCUCUUUUUCUUUUUUCUUCUUAAUUAAUUAAAUUUUUGGUUUUAUCCUUGGGUUUUUAGUGGUGUUUAGGGGGGUCUUCGGGAUUAGGUUAAUAUGAAAAUGCCUUGUGCACUGUAUCUUAAUUUGAGUUUUAAUGGGGGACAACAAUUUGUGUAAGAUGGUGGUGAAGAUGGGGUGGGGACCUAUGGAGGACUGUGGAGUUCUUUGUUUUUAUUCAGUCUCCAUGUCUCCUGAGUUGUCUAAUUCCUGUAACCUUCUUGUGACUGAAUGCUACUAUUGAUC